AUGGCUAAAUCCUGCUCUUGUUCUCUGUUGCAGGCAGUGGCCACAACUGAGGAGCCUGAUGUGCAAAGCAGGUGUGAAAGCCAGGCGGGCGGCGGCUGCGGAGAUGAAGGUCUGCACGUGGGGCUGGUGGACACAGGUGCGCACGUGGGGUUGAGCCGCGCUGCCCUGUGGCCACGGGCUUCCGGCUCCAAGAACAUGACAACAGCCCAGAACGGCCACGGGCGAGUUGCCGCGAUCCCCUGUUCAGCCUCGGAUACGACCGACCCCAGCAUGGUGACUUACCCAGCCUGUCAGAACGGAGGCUGCGCCGCUGGUGACGCCGAAGCCCAGGACGCCGGGCUCGGCCCCGCCAAGUUCGUGCGCCUCUUCUCGGUGAGCAGGAAGAGGGCGGGCGCCGCCGAGCGGCCCCGCUCCGUGGUGCUGAUGGGGCACUCCUCCACCUGGAACGCCCUGGCCUCCUUUCGGAAGAUGGGAUCUUUUAAAAAACUGAAGUCCUCCGUCCUUCAAGGAAUUCAAAACCGAGAGGGGUCAGAUGCCGCCAAGGAGGCGGCCUUAGAGCCUGACCUGGGCCCAGCCCUCCCAAACGGGGCGGCCGGGCCCGCGUCCGACGGCUCGGACCCCGAGGAGGCGGACGACGCCUUCCAGAGGAGCACGCACCGCUCCCGCAGCCUGCGCCGUGCCUACGGCCUGGGCCGCAUCAGCCUCCGGGACUCGGAGCCCCCGGGCGGGCCCUCGUCCCCGGUCGCCCGGGAGCCCCGGCUGUGCGCCAUCCUCGUGAGAGACGCGGAGAACAACAGCAUCGCCUACCGGCGAAGCAAGAGCACGGACAACCUGAACUUCCUGAGGAAGAGCUCCUUCAAGAGGAAGUCGGCCUCCAACCUCGCCGACCUCAGGGUGGCGCCCGAGCGGCCGGCGCCCCGACGGACGCUCAGCAGCUGCUCUGCGGACUCGGAGAAGCUCGGCGGGUCCGAGAGGAGGCCCAGGCGCUGGAAGAGCCCCAUCAGGGCCAAGGACUUUGACCGGGUCCUCAGGCUGGUGAGCGGCGCCACGGACGCGGCCUGGAAGCGAGAGCGUCCCAAGGCGCGCGGAGACUCCCAGGAGCCAAAGCCCGGCAGCCAGUUCACGCUGGGACCCGAGCAGCCGCCCACGCCCCUGAGGCCCACCGCCCCCAAGCCCCCUAGCCCGCAGAGCCCAGGCGCGGGAAGCGCCAAGUGUCCCAGCAACCUCAGCGCGCUGUCCCUGAGUUCAGCGGACAGCGACGAAAGGGCAGACGGCCUUGUGUCCUUCCCGGAGUCGGUACAGGCCACAUGUGACAAAGGCACUGAGGACAGCGGUUCCAGCAGCCACCCUCAGCUGAGCCUCGGCGGGGCUUCGGGUCCGGAAGAAAAGGAGGAGAUUUCCAAAGAAGCCUUGUGUAACAGUUGUGAGGACACAGGACUUGCUGCCAGCCUUGGGAAGGCAUUCCAGUUCUGCUAG